AUGGCACACAGCGGCAGAGAUGAGGAAUGGCUUCGAGCCCAGUUGCACACCCUGAGAGGGCCAGGCCCCAACGAUCAACCCAUCCAACCCCUAAUAUCGACACAUUUCCCAACAUGGACUCUUACAGAAAAUAAUCAGGCAGUUCUCUUCCUUACUCAGGCGUCGGAAGAACGGAGAAAUGGCGAGGUGAAAACAAUGACGCACCCGGUCAAGAUAAAGCAAGAUAAAUGGACGUACGAAGACUACAACAGCGUCUUGAAAAACAUGGUCGGCGCCGGACUUGUACCUGUUGGCGUUAUUGAGAGUGUCUUGAGCCAUUUUAAGACCCAUCAGCCCAAAAAGGCCCGGACGGGAACCUUGAAAUUGCGGAAGUCAGUGACGGACGAUGAAACAGAUUAUCUGAUGGUCGACCUAAUGACCACAGCUUUGGCAAAAAACCGACUUGAUCAACUCCGAAUUCUAGCUCACUCCGCGGGCUCGGAUGUUGUCAGCAAAGUCAUUCCAAUGGCGAUUUGGACCGACAACAUAAAGGGCGUCCAGGUUCUCAUGGAGGAGAAGGCCGAUACGAAUACCUGCGCGGAACAAUUCUUGGGAUCUGCUCUAGCUGGGAGGCUGGAUAUUAUCCGUCUCUUACUUCGAUCUCAAAAAUCUGUUUCAAGUGAUAUCACGACACAGGCGUUGCCCGCUGCAGUUCAGCUUGGGAACCUUGAAAUGGUCCAGCUGCUCCUCACCCAUGGAGCCAAUCCAAAUUUCGAUAACGGUCUGGCACUGAAAAACGCAAUUGAUGCCGACCAUGCUGAUAUUGUCUUUUUGCUUCUUCUAUGCAAGAUACCCCCUACUGGUGUUCUGUUAGGAUCGAUGAUAUUAUAUGUAUGGUCAACACCUCACAUCUUCGCAAGACGCCAAGGUCAACUAAUCGAGGUUCUACUGAAUGGAGGUGCCUGCGGGAAUGAUGUUGAUGUGGUCUUAUCGGGUGCCGUCAAGCAGCGUUGGGGGGAAUUAGUGCAGCUGCUGAUGAGAAAAGGGGUCUCUAUUGCCUGCUGUGACGGCCAAGCUUAUAGGGAAGCAGUAUAUGCCGCUGAUUACGACAUGCUUGAGAUUCUCAAUGGGAGCGAUCUAGGGAAAGACUUAGCAAGUGACAUUUUUGCCUCCAUUGACAGCAAUCGACAUGGACAAGAAAUAUCGCCGCAAGACUGGUGGAAGCUUGCCUUAUCUCUUCUGACCCAAGGAGCUGCCGGUGAUGUUGUUCACGAGGCCUUGGUUAAUCGAGUGCACGCGAGGGAUCUCACAAGCGUCGUGUUGCUCCUUGAGUUCGGUGCUUCGGUGGAUUAUAACGGCGGACGUGCAUUGGUCAUGGCAGUUUCGCUUGAAGAGUUGGAUUAUGUCGUACUGCUCCUUGAUCGACAGCCUACAAUUGAGUCGGUCAACGCAGCCAUUGCCCACGUGUCCAAUAUUUCUCAUCAUGUACAGUUGGACAUUACCCGCAGACUUCUCGAGGCUGGAGCAACCGGAGUUUCCGUGGAUGCAGCUUUGAACAUCGCUGUGAACGUACCUAUAUGUCAACGAGAUCAUAUCUUUAUAGAAGCUCUGGUUGACGGUAAAGCAGAUGUUGGCCAGAAAGAGGGCUCUUUGUUCCACGAAGCGGUCCAGGAUGGAGACGACAAAACCCUUGAGAUUUUACUGGGUGGCGACUUCCCAAUUGCCAUUCUUUUCACAUGUAUCCCUCUUGCUAUGAGUCUUAAAGAACAACGGCGGUACAAGAUACUGGAGAUUCUGCUCGACAAUGGCGCCGAAGGCGGUCCUGUAAUCGGCCAGGCUCUGGUUGACAGCAUUGACGAAACGAAAGACUCAUCGAUCCGGGUGACUGAGCUGCUGUUAAAAAAUGGGGCCGCGAGCACUGCCUUCAAUAAAGGAGAAGCAUUCACAAAAGCGAUAUUGUGCCAAAAUCUGGAAUUCUUGAAGCUCUUGCUUCAAUUCAACCAUCUUGACGAGUCGGAAUUCUGUUCGUGUCUGUUAUUCGCCAUAAGCCUCCCUCGGAACGAUGCCAGACUAGAGAAAGUCGGGCUCUUCCUCGCUAUUGAUGUGGAGAUGUCAAGCGAGUAUUGGAUCGCCUCUCUGAACCACGAGAUGCAAUGCAUGAGGCAGGAUGACAAAGAAACCUUAGUGGUGAUCGGAUUUAUCCUCGACGCAGGAGCCGAUAUCAAUCAUAACCAGGGAGAGAUACUCUGCAAUGCGAUAGACAUGGGAUAUUUUGAAUGCUUCAAAUUAUAUCUCGGUUGCAAGCUUCUCAUUCCAUCACACGAGGCUGCAUUCAACAAGGCAUUUGCUCAUGCCAUCAAGACCACUGAUUUGCGGUAUCUAACAGAAGUCCUCAAGCUAGAGACUCCAACAUCUCUCCUUAAUGGCGCAUUGCUCACGGCCACGGAAGGUGGAGAGCAAAUGAGAGAUAUCUGUGAGCUGUUGCUUCAGCACCAUGCCUCUCCCAGUCACCAGAGCGGUUCCCCAUUGUGUAAUGCAAUCAAGUCCACCAACUAUCAUAUCAGGAUCAUCAAGCUGCUAUUGGAGUUUCAGCCCUCUAGCGAAGCUAUUUCAGGCGCCUUAAACUGUGCAUUUGAUGUCCUUGGAAGCGAAAAACGGCGUGCAGCUGUGAAACUUCUCCUUACUUCAGCAAAGCCACAAGCAACACUUGACAAGUUGCUCUUGAGAGCCAUACAAGAGCCGUCGUGCGACCAUUCUCUACUCAAAUAUCUACUUCGGGCCGAUGCGUCAGUAUCAUACCAAGAUGGUAAAUGCAUCCUUCAUGCAGUGAUGAAGAAUGACAUUAAAUCCUUGAAAUUGCUACAACCAUAUUUCACCGAACCAUCGGCUAUUGUUUCACGGGUAUUUGAACGUGCGUGGAAGGACGGAGCUAGAGCUGAAUCCCACGAAGCCGUCCUCUCCCUCCUUCUGGAAGAAGGCGCAACGGGUGAAUGGUUAAGUGUUGCGCUGGUCGAUACAAUUGAAGCAUACGAAUCCGCAACAAACGACUUCUUAUUAAUUAUCAGUCUUCUGAAGGCUGGCGCUGAUGUCAACUAUGAUAAUGGUGCCAGCCUUGUAAAGGCGGCGGCAAAGGGGAAUGUCGAUAUACUUCAGAGACUUUUCGCCUAUGGCCCACACAGCGACCAUAUGACGCUGGCAUUCCCACAUAUAUUUGCCUCUAAAGGGCGGUACAAUAUUUCCGACGAAGUUUUUGACGUUCUGCUGGAUGGUGGAGCAAACCCAAACCGCAAGACUACGUCAGGUCUCACACCUCUUGAGCUUGCAAUCUUAUUACCACGACGUGAAGUCGUUGCAAGCCUCCUACGCCAUGAAGCUGACACCACAGUGACCACAGGGACAGCUGAUUCGCAGUCCAUGCUUUUUCUCGCCGUAACCACAAGGGACAGCCACAUUGUCCGGAUGAUCAUGCUAGCUAGCCUGAUGGUGCGCGAUGGGGCACUCCAUGAAGCCGCCCGAGAGGUAGACGUCAAAAUCAUUGAAAUCCUAGUCAGAGAGGGAAAUCAACGCGACUACGCCUACUCUGGCUGCAAUGGUCGCACCGCAUUGGCUGAGCUCUGUUUGAGAGCAGAUGGAAACAAACCAGCAUCUGAGCUUAAGCGGGCAAUGACACUUCUGAAAGAUGACCACAACUUCAGACAGAAAUCAAACGGAAAAUCGGCCCUUCACUUGGCACUGGACAACCCGCGGAACGCACCAUCUAUGACACAGGCUCUUCUCGACAGUUUCAUGGCAGACUACGUGAACAACGACUUCAAUCUAUACAAAGAAGACGAACUGGUAUACUCCCCCCUAGCCUACGUCGCGAAGCAUCGGAACAUGGCAUCUUCAAAGCAUGAUGAAUCUCUACUCCAGCUUCUCACCCAGUUCGGGUGCAAGAACAGGUUUUGGGCCCGAGAAGGAUAUCCGCAGCCCGGGGACGUGAUCAAUCCACCAGAUGAUAUUGCCCAAAUUAUAAGCAAUCAGAGGAGUAAAGAACGGAUGUUGGAACGCCUCCAUAUCCAGUCCAAGGCAGCGCAAGCCACCAUAUCGGAUCGACACGAGCUUAUACUCAAGAAUGAACAGCAUGCAGCCGACCAGAGAGCAAAGCUAGAGAAGGAAGCCGAGGAGCGCUACAUGUCCAUAGCAACUAGUCGAUAUACUGCGGAGCUUGCACAUAUGGACCAGCUCGCUCACCUGGCCUUUGCAGGCUAUCGAAGCUCUGCCAGCCUUGAACUGGACGGUCCAUUGGCCGAGUACGCCCAGUUGGAUCGUAAAAGGCAGAAAGCUGAGCUAGAACACCUUAAAAAACAGCAAACUUUGAUCACCGCUGGCUAUAAAGAGCGGGCGGAGAUCGAGAAGAAGAAUCGCGAGACUAAUGCGCUCGAGAUGCGGCGUCUUCGAGAGCUCUGGUAUGAGAUUGACCCAUGGGACCAGACCGGAUAG